AAAAUAAACUUAUUGGGAAUAAUAAUAAUAAUGCUUACCUUUGAGUCUGUAAAUUAAUGAAGAUAACAGUAUUUUACGUGGCUUCGCAGCCCCAGCUGCGACCUACAUAUUUUGCCAUACGCGGCGCUAUCAUAACCAUUGUCAGUCGGCAAUGCAAACAAGCAAACACGUAUUCUUACCCCGAGACAGAUACUCUCCAAUAGACGGAAGUUAUUUUGUGACACUAUUAUCCAGGAAGGCCUUCCCAUUGAAAUCUUGAAAUGCAGUUAAGUAUAUCUUGUAAAUGUUCAAAAAUAGAGAGUUUUCAUUUGCAGUUUCUUUCCUGGUUCUUAGGGAUUUUAUUUUUAAACCAGUAAAUAUUUUAAAGGGAAUAGAUAGAAUAAGAUAGAAGAUAAUUAUAUGUGUCAGUCAGUUGUUUGAUGUGCUUUGUUUCAAUACUUUCUCUUAGACUUUGUUAAGUCAUUUACAUUGUACCAUUAUAUCUGAAGUCUUCUUCCCAAAUUUAAAAUACGAUGUUUAUGUCUUUCGACUUUGUUUACGUCAAUACCGACAGUCUCGCUCCGAUGACCACUGUCCUGCCACCUAACCAUACGUUCAUCAGUUCAGACAUCUUGGACGAAGACAGAAGGAUUUAUCUGGAUUCGCUUCAGGGCGAUACCAACAUCAGAAACAUCCCGACUUUUAUUUUUCUGGUCGCCAUGGCAAUGGUUGGCCUGUUCGGGAAUUCCCUCAUCCUCUUGAUCUAUUCUGGGAGAAAAAAGAAGACUUCGACAAUAGUUUUUAUACAGUCAAUAGCAGUCGUCGAUCUGAUCACCAAUGUUAUCGUGAUACCUUUGACCAUCUAUGUUUUAUUUCAUACUUGGGACUUCAAUAACCAUGGCCUAUGUAAGAGUUUCUUGUUUAUCAACUUAGCAGCGGCGUCAACGUCAGCCAUUCUUUUGUUAGCUGUAGCAACAGUCAGAUACAGAAAAGUGUGCAUACCAUUAGGGUGGCAGGUAACUGCUAACCAUGCAAGAAUCAUCAGCGUCGUCAUUGCUGUGUUCUCCUGCCUGACCAGCAUCCCCUAUACAGUGGUUCACGGCAUUCAGCUCGUGGAAACUGGACGCCCGGAAGUCCGCGGAAAGGAGUGCCGUGUGGACCAGAAUUACGUCAACACAAUCUGGCCGUUAGUGGUCAGCCUCGUCUCGCUGGUCAUUUUCUUGUCCUGUUGCAUACCUCUCACCUACAUGUACGUCCGGGUGGGAAUCACAGCGUGGCGUCACAUCUACGCCUUGGACGUCUCACAAGCAGACGACGCCAAAAUGCCGCAAAACACUUCCGACGACACAAUGGACACUAAAGACAGCGCUUCUGACGUGCAAACCAAAACGGAUUGUAUUGAACUGGAGUUGAAAGAUAAGCCAAACGAAGGAGUAAAGAAAGACGUCACUUCGUCUCAGCAGACGAUCUGCGUUCCGCCGGCAAGAGGAAACUUAGAAGCGAUUGGCAGAAAAAUAGCCAAUCACACGACACGAAUGUUAAUUACUAUUAGUGUGGUAUACAUCAUCACUAACUUGACAACUUUAAUUCUCGUAUUUAUUAGGUCACUGAAGCCGGAGCAAAUGCUGAACAUAGGAACAGUUGCCGAUUCAAUGUACCGACUUUUCUUACAAAUUUUCAUGCUGAACUGUGCCAUCAAUCCUUUUAUCUAUUGCAUGUGUGAUCGAAAGUUUAGGAAAGAAGCCACCGCGUUCCUAAGGAAAGUUUUCUGCCCACAAUGCCAGCUAAAACGUAAUUGCGGUGUGAAUAGAAAAUAAUAUUUAUAAUUUAUUUUCUGAUCUUUAAUUACUCUUAUGCACAGUUGCUAGACUGCAAUAUGAUGGAGGACAUGUCCUGUUAGGUAGGCAUGGACCAAACGUGUGAAAAUGGCAGGGUUUAACUUCACGCUUUUACUCUGCAAACGAAUUCAUACCUUCAUAUAGUCUAGUUCAACAUACAAACCCCACUUUUAACUUAUUGAAAGAUUACAAGUUUUUUGACAACCUCCUUCAUUGGCGGGUUCUCGAUUAUUCAUGACUAUUACUCACUCGCCCAUGCGGAUGAUAAAAAGAAAAUUCCGGAAAAUGUGAUUUUUUCCCCUUUUUCCAUUUCUGGGCAUAUAGCUGACGUUGAAACACUGUUUUCGCAGAUAUAUACAGUGGACAAAAGAGAGACUGUCCAGUCACGUCCAGUGAAAGGUAUUUGUCCACACAAAGUACAAUCUAUGGAAAUGUUUUAAGAGUUUCAAUCGUAUUUAGGAACUAAUAAAGAACUUAGGUCUAUGUCUAAAUAGUCACUUUGUACCAAGUAUCGUCAAUAUGAUAACUUUAAUAAAGUGUUUUUUACAGUCCACGAUUAACUGACAUGGUUCAGCAAAUAAAUUGCAAUCGUAGUUUUUUAAA